ACCUCUUGCUACAUCGACGGCGUUGUUCCUACUCCCGAAGAUGGUGUUGCGGCCAACAAGUCCUACACUUCGUUUGGCUCCUUUACCGAAAUCCAGAUUUGGAACGUUACCACUCCUGUUGAGGGCAUGAAGAGCCUCAGCUGGAACAUGUGACCCCAACGAAUCGUACUGAUGGGCACUGUCGCUUUCCUUCCUGAUAAAAAGAAGAUCGAGCAGCUGCAUUUCGAAGAUGGCUGGCAGUCGCAGCUGUCAACGCGGUUCUCGUGUGGUAAGAAAAUGACGGUUAGCAUCGAGGUUACCUGCGAUGGAUGUAGACUUGAAUUCGAGCUAAUAUUCUCAUCUCCUCCGUUGGCUUUCGACCUCAUGGAGAUGGGAUAGAUUA